AUGGUUCGAAGAAGUCGGUCGGACACCGCGCCGGCAUUAUAUCCCGUUCCCCGGUUGAUCCAGGAUGGCCAGGGCCGAUUGUACUAUUACUACCCGCAUGAAGAUGAUUCGGACGAAUUCCAGAGCGUUUCGGGAUCGUCCGAGGGCCGGGCGAGUUCCGGCUCCGAUAGCGACAACCGAGACCGCGUUGUCUUCCCGGGGACAUCUCGGACUAAGACAUACCGUCGUCCUCCCACCCCCCUGCCAUCCCUCGAAGUUACCCCCAGAAUGGACCCCAGGAUCGGUGUCCCGUCCCUCCUUCCCCUCGAUCGAGAGGCUUUAAGAAGCCCAGAUUUCUUCUCAGAAAUGGCGCUGAAUCCCGUUUCGUCCAUCUACAAGUAUAUCCUAUGGAUCGUCAACUUCCUCUUCUUCGUGUCCGGUGUCGUCAUCCUGGCCCUGGGGAUCUGGGCCAAGUCGGACCAGAGCUCCUUCAUGAAGAUGUUGGCGCUCUCCAAUCUCCCCGGGCUCGAUAAUUGGUUCAGCCCGUCGAUAUUGGACAAAGGAUCCUACGGAUUGAUUGCGAUCGGAGCGUUCAUCACCAUCAUCAGCUUUCUCGGUUGCUGCGGAGCCUGCUUGGAAUCUCGAGUCCUUCUCCUCAUCGCAGAGCAUCAGCUGCAGCUCUUCUUGCUGAACACCCUGCACAAGUACCCGACUCCAACGACGAAGAAUGACGUGACCGUGGCCUGGGACCGACUCAUGGUCGAUCUGAACUGCUGUGGGGUGUUCAACUACACAGAUUUCCGUCGAGAGAACCCAACGACGUGGACGACCGGACAAGCGGGCAGCACGCAGACGAGCAACGCGCUGCCGCUCGGGUGUUGCGUCAUGAAAGACAAAGGGAAGAUGAUCCCCGAGAGUACCUCCUGCCCCGACAAUCCAGGAACUGGAUCCUUCUAUCAAGAUGGAUGCUUGAUGAAGAUGAGAGAAUGGCUGGACCGGAAUUCCAUCAUCAUCGGUGGGGUGGGGGCCGCAAUAGCCAUCUUUCAGAUCUUCGGUAUCAUCGUCUCAUGCUGCCUCUGUCACAAUUUCUCGUCUGUCAAGCCCUUGUAAAUCGAUCUUUCCUCUCCUUGUGCCCCUCCCUUCCUUCUUUCCGACCGAAUACUAUCGGAUUCCCUUCUUGAAUCGGCUCCUGUGCCUUUUUUCGUUAUCGUCGGAAUACCCUUUCAAAUACGCUUAACCCUAUUCGGGAACCGAAACUAUCUGGGCAUUUGGAACUUCUCUGCUCUCUCUCGUUUGAUUAUUUUGAAGCCCAUCUUCGGUGGGAAAUGGUGUGAUCCUGUUGUCCACAUCGGAGUGUGAAGCCUAGUCCUCAUUUCAUGCGCCCCCGUGCGAGUGAGAAUGUAUCUGUAUGCGAUCGUGAAAAGGUCGAAUGAGUUUUUUUUUUUUAGACUAGAGCCCGUUCGUGAUGGGGAAUCUCGUGCGCGUUGCGAAAAUAGCCUAAUAUGUGUUUAUGAAGUUUAUUCCUACAAGUUCAGACGAUACUUGUGAUAUAUUUCUUAGGACAUUUCACUUUGGUUCACACUGAGGAUCGCUACACUCUUUGUUCGCUACACUUCACCGUAUAAUUACGAUAAAUUGUUCAAAUGGAAUUGAGGACAUGAGAGAAUGAGAUGUGAUUGAUGUUCGUGGUCGUAUGUUUUGGGGCUUAAUCCCUCACCUUUUCUCAAUAUCCAGUUAUUGUUUUUGUUUUGAUCCCUUGGCAUUAUUCGUGGAAGAUGUAUAGAGUCAUUUCGAUGUCUCAGAACCUGUGAUGCACGCUCAAGAGUUUGGGCCCUGCAACACCGUCGAGUUUCCGUUCAAAGAUCUGAAUAGAAUUUUGGGACGCUGCCACUCGUGAUGGCAGGAGACGGGCGAAAAACCGGCGAAAUGUCCGGCGAAACAUCCGGCGAUCGGAUUCCAGCGAGUUCCGCGUGAAAAGUCGGAAAAGAAACGUUUGAUCGGCAGGCCCUCGAGGAGAGGAUUAGAAGAAGGCAUUUGCACGCACACGCACACGCACACAGACGUGGAUCGGGAACCAAAAGAUCUCCCCGAGAAUCAGGGUUCGAUGUGUUCCCUUUUUCUCGAUGGCUUUUCGAGGCGGAAAUAGUACAACCUCUUGCCACACGUUCUGUAUACUGUGUAGACCAUCCUCGGGGAAUAAAGUAUUUUGUUACCCAGGCA